GGAGUAGUCAAAACACUUCCUGCCAAGAGUCACUUUAAAGGAGACUCUUUAGGUUGUUUUUGGAAGCUGUGAACCCUGUGCAGUGUUGAACAAGAACAAGGCAAUGAGAAGUAUUAUUCCUAUUGCCAGCUAUUAGGUAUGAACAGGAAACGGACCCUCAUUUCAGACACUUUAAAGGUGAAGAAAAGUCGAACGGCUACAGAGAAGUUUGGAGCUGUCAGCAAUGGAGAUGGACCAACUGACAUCAAAUCCACCCUCGAGCACCUCAUGGCACUGUUCCCCAGGAAGCUCUUCAACGACACUUUGCCUCAAAUUGUUCUUAAACACCAGCUCUACAGCGUACACAGUGACAAGACCUUGGUGGACAAGGAGCUGAAUAAACUGCGGGAACAAGGACAACUGCUGAUGUUUCAGCUCGGGUUUGAUGCAGAAGCUUUCGGGCUGGUCUUUGCUUCAGAUUACAAGGCCAAAGUGCUGGCAGGAGAGGAGGGCAGAGAGACAAGAGCAACGGUGGAGAAGUUCUUGGAGAAAGUGGUUUCGUCUUGCACAGAUCUGAGCUUCAGCAAAGACAAGAUGCUCAGGGAGUUCCUCUUCACAGACUCUGAGAUUACGCAGCUGGUUAAAUCAGGGGUCCUUACUGUGAGGGACGCAGGCAGCUGGUGGCUUUCCAUUCCCAAUUCUGGCAAAUUCACCAAGUACUUUAUACAAGGUCGUAAAGCAGUGCUUGGCAUGGUGAAGAAGUCCAAAUAUAGUGAAGUCUUAAAGGCAGAGUUAGAAGAGCGGCGAACGGCCUCGAAUGUGAAAUUCCACAUGAAAUAUCACAUCCAUGACAUUGUUGGUGCAGAGCUGGUGGAGAGCAUACCUACAACUUCAGGAACAUUGUUACGAUUUGUUGAUACCUGAACCACAGCAACAAGACUGACUGAUCUGCACUUUGGUCGACGCCAGUGACUUAAGAUGAGGAAUACUUGCGUUGUACAAAGACCGUUUCUGUAUGAAGACUGAAUAACUUAACAUUUCAGAUUUUGUGUUACAUGUAUUAUAAAAUCUCAUGGGUUUAUAAAUUGCCAAAUAUUCUGACAUGUGUUUGUCAGGUUUUGCUUUAUCUUUAAUUAAAAGAUUUUCUUUCCCUUG